GAGCCGUAGCGCAACGCACUGCACGGACCACGGUGGUGCGUCUUUGCCGCCUAGCUUUGAAGGCCGCUUUUUUCCUCAUACUCGGUUCACCGCACACGGCGAGCCGAUACCGACACCUGCGCGUUUGCCCCAGGCUUGAGGCUUAGUUUGGCCUUUGACUCGCGACAAAGCAGUAAACAACGUACGCGGGCAAUUGCGCCGAACGACAAACUUACUCCAGAUGGUGAUGGACUCAUCGGUUCUAUUGUGCAACCGUUAGUGUGUGUGUGUGUGUGUAUAAUGUGCGUUUGACUAUAGUGAGGUGUCCGAAUAUGUGCGGCGUGGGAGUGUGUUAAACUUGAUCGCAAAAUGCCGGCACUCCGGGCGAAGGUGUCCGGCAUCCGUCUGUCUAAAUGGGACGCGCUCUCGUCCUAGUGUAAACGUCUGCUUGCUGAUCCCUGCUCCGUAGUGUGACAAUAAUUUCGAAAUAAAAAUACACAAAAAACAACAGCUGUGUACGUUGUGGUCGGGAAAAGGCUGGGUGCUGAAGAUCUAACCGCUCAUUUGCAAAUUUUUGUUUUUGGUGCGAACCGGGCACCAUGCGUCCGGAAGUGUUGCUCGUGGCGAUCAUGACGGUAGUGUCGUUCGCGGCGGGCGAAGAGUUACGCUGCGAGCGUAUCGCGGUCGGCGCCUGUCAGAAUCUGGUGUACGAUAUGACGAUCGCGUCUGCGCCGGAAACGGCCCUGCAAUACCUGUCGUCCAGUGUGCCGGUACCUGGCGGCGGUGUCAACUCGACGGCAGCCGGCUCCGUCCGGACGUGGCUCGACGCAGAACGACUGAUCACCUCCCUGAGGCCGGUAAUCGAUUCCGGCUGCUCGAAGCAGGCCCUGUUCCUGUUCUGCUCCUCGCUCUUCCCGCUCUGCUCGCCAACGGCCCCACGGCCGGUGCAUCCGUGCCGCUCGCUGUGCGAGCAGGUGCGCAAGGACUGCUUCAGCGAUCCGGCCCACAGCAAGCUCUGGCCGGCGUAUCUGGACUGCCGCGCCUUACCACAGCCCGAGAAGCACGAGCUGUGCAUGCAGGUGCCAUCGGACGCAACGGGCAGCAUCAAGCAGCGUGCAGGUCCCUCCGGCCCGACCUAUCAUCUGCCGGUGGCGACGACCGGUGGUACUGCUGGUACACCAUCACCCACCACCACCCACGACAGUGUCGAGUCGGUCGUGAAGGGAUGGUCGAUCUCGAACCUUACCUCCCUGCUGCAGCAGCACGCGGCAGUGGCCGCCGCCGCCGCCGCCGCCGCCGCCACCGUCCCUGCCGGUGCUGGAGGAGUCGCUCACACGGUGAUCGGUGGUGGUAGUGGUGGUGGUGGUGUUGGAGCUGGCUCUUCGACAGCCACCGCCGGUGGACAGCGCUUGGUGGACGGCGCAAGCUGGACCGAUCGGAUCAACUCGCUGCUGCUGCCGAACGGUCCCCUCCCGGUGGACGGUACGGGCGGCCCAGCGCCCCGCAGUCCCUGUCCCGCCAACUACAGCCUCGAGUACGACCGGUGUGUGCCGCGGUGCGGCCCCACGAUCGACGCCCUGUACAGCCAGCGGCAGAAGGAGCUGGUCGAGCUGUGGACGCUCGUCCUGUCCGCCGUCUGCUUCAUCUUCACGCUCACCUCGCUCGUCUCGUUCUGGGCGAAGGCGUCCAAGCUGGAGUACCCGGACCGGCCGAUCCUGUUCAUGACGCUCUGCUACAACCUGCUCGGCCUGUGCUACCUCGAGCGCACCAUCCUGCACAGCCCGCGCCGCCUGGAGGCGGCCGUCGAGCUGAUGCUGCUGGACGCGCCGGGCCACCACCCGUCGGCGGCGACCGCCACCCACCUGCGCUCCGACUGCACCAUCACCUCCCAGUGUCUGGCGUACUACAUCCUCAAGCACUAUCUGCUGCUGAGCGCCAGCACCUGGUGGCUCAUCUUCGGCCUCUGCUGGUACCUGAGCACCGCCAAGCAGUGGUCGUGCGAGGCGCUCGAGCGCAAGUCCGGCCUGUUUCACGUGCUCGCCUGGGUCGUCCCGUUUGCGGCCCCGAUCGGUGCGCUGCUGCGCGGCCACAUCCAGCGCUUCGAGCUGACCGGGUUCUGUACCGCGCGCGGCUUCACCGAGCUGCCCGUCCUGCUGCUGCUGCUGCUCGGCACCGCCCUGGUCAGCUGCGCGCUGGCCGCCCUCGCCCGGCUGCGCCACUGCUGGAACCAGCGGGCGCCCCAUCUCGGGCGCGUCUUCGGCCGCGUGCUCCUGUUUGCCGUCUGCUACCUGCUGCCCGCCCUGUCCGCCACCGUCUGCAUGAUGCUGGAGCGCGUCGACCACGAGCUGGAACCGUGCCCGGCGGGCGGCGAGCCCGGCGACGGCUGCGUCCAGCGGGUGCAGCCCCACUUUUCCCUCCUGCCGACGGUGCUGCGGCUGGCGCUCACCUUGCUCGGUGGUGGAAGCGUCGGCGUGUGGCUCUGGUCCCGCCAGCCCUCCGACACCGAGCUGGGGCCCGGCGGCAAGAAGGGCCCCGCCCAGCCGGGCUGCUACAGUGCCGCGGCCGAUCUGAUGCUGCUGAAGGGCGGCGGCAAACCGCGGCCCAGCGGUCCCCUGGACGACUGCAGCAUGCUUGGCGGGGGUGGGGGCGCCGGCCGGCGUCUCGAGCACCGGUCGCUGGGGGAUGCGGGCGGGCCGACGGUUCGGCGCGACGGCCGCUACAAGGACGCCGAUCGACGCCGCAGCUCGUCGCGCAGCCUCAGCGGUGCCGCCAGCCCGUACCGCAGCCGGACGGUGGACAAGCCGAAGCCGAAAGCGGCCCAGAAGGUGUGCUACACCUACCGGCCGUGUGCGGGCGUGCUGGCCGAGCACGGGGUCGGGCUGGUGCGGGCGCCCGGCCCCGAUCUGGCCGGGCCGGUCGGGGCCACCGACCACGGGCAGCGGUCACCGUACGCGGGCGGCACCGUCUCGAACGGGGGGUACGUGCCGGUGCGCGUCCACCGCAGCCUGCGCACCGUGCCCAUGUCCAUGAUCACGCGUAUCUGAAGCCAUGCCUGUUGUACAUAAAGAGGAGGGAGGAGAAGGUCGGCUACCGUCGGACCUGUUUGUGAAAAGCUUUAACUAGUUUGUAUGAUCCUCGGUUGCCCCACAAAGGGGUUUACCCACUGUAUGUGUGUGUGUGUGUGUGUGUGUGUGUGUGUGUGUGUGUGUGUGUGUGUGUGUGUGUGUGUGUGUGUGAAUAGGUGUUUAAAAUCUCGACUUACUUCGUAGCUGUAAGCGUACCGUAUUUUUUAGUGCUUAUUUAUCGUAAAAUUAGAUGUUCGUGAUUGUCGAUGUAUUGACGAGCGGCAAUAGGGGGGCGUGGACGCGUGCGUCAACGGAGACUGGGGGUGAUAACGCGUCCACUACACGCGCAGGAUUUUACUUGCGAUCUAAUACGCAUGCGAGCAUGCGUGUUUAGGGUUAGGGCGGAGGAGAUUCAACUGUAACUGCGCAUCGGAAAGAUAAACCAGUUACUGUUAUUCCAGUCAAAUGUAGCAAAGUGUACAGUUUUAGUCUAGAUUAUGCAUUUCAUUCUUGUUCUUUUUUUUUUUGUUGUGAUUUACAACCAGUCGAUUUGUUGCAGAAUCUUGCCAUUUCGUUUCGCAUCGCACCUACAGCCCAGCCGCAAACCGCUGUACAGAAAGUAUUUGACAACAAAAAAACAUGUUCAUUUUGGAACAAAACUGCCCUCCCCCCCCCCUCCGCACACUCGCGUGUAAGUUUAGUGUAAGAUGCUGUACGGCAUCGGCUUGCCGAACAGGAGGGUAGACUUUAGUUGCGGAUCUCUUGCAAAGAGAGUGCAUUUUUUUAAACAUUAGCCAGCGUUAAGCGAAAGGUAGGAUGGAUGUGUAGUAGCCCUAACAACAAGUCAGAGACUGAAUAAAUGAAUCCUUUUAGUAAACACAGA